AUGGACUCGUCCCUGUUCAAGAUGAUCAUCUUCCUCUGCUUAUUCUUCUCCGCAUGGAUCGUAUUCAUACUACUAUGUAAGCUGCCCCACCCCCCACCCCACUCCAUCCCGUAUCCUCAGCCACUGCACUUGAACUGACCCCCUCCUCCUGCCCCUUGCCUCCUGGCCCCCUCCUCCGCCACGAAGCGACCUGUAUGGGUCCGUCCAUAUUCCAUCUCCUCCGCUCUUUCUUCGGCCUCGACCCCGAUCCCAAUCCACGUCAUCCUCGUUCAAGUUCUUCAAACAGUCGGGGGGAGUAUACCGCAGUUCGGAAUCUGGGAUUGGGGUUUGAGGGAGGGAGAGGGGGUAAUGAGGGGUGGGAGAUGAGUGCGUUGGGAAAAGAGGGGGAGGAUGACUGA